AUGGAGAGUACACGUGGUGAAUGUCCUACAAAUUAUGGGAAGGACUUUAUUGAUUUUAAAUCAUUUCUGAAAGAAGAACUUUCUACUUUCAAAGAAGAAAUAAGAGAGGAAUUUUCUGGGUGUUCAGAGAAAAGCAUUCGCAAGUUUCAAGAAACUGCCAGUAAACGCUCACCUGUUGACUUUAAAUAUAAAGGAAACAAGCGACAGUACGAUUUCAAUUGUAAAGUUUUAGAAGACAUUGAGCGUGUACAGUCUUUAGUGAAGUCAGGAGGACAGUUACGUAUAGGUCUUAUUAUUAGGACUAGAGGACAGUUAAGUUCGCUUCAGUUGCUUGAGUCUACAGUGCAGAAAAUACAUAAGAGGAAUAAACUUGUUAGGUUAGCAGACAAAUCCCUAGCUGGGUGGGGUACCGUCGCAGAAUACGAGUCCGACGAUUUGGCAAGUGAUAGCGACGAUGAUCGUAAAAUUCGUAGAGCCGAGGCAAGGGCAUUGUCAAAGAAGAGAAAGUUAUCCAGUAGUCGAGCCUCUGCGACUAAUUCUAUUUCUACUACUAGUAGCCAAUUUGAAACUUUUCGUCCCUUUCGGAGAGUCCAAUGCUUCGCAUGUGCAGGUUUCGGGCAUGUCCGGGCAGAGUGUCCAAAGUUUCAACAAUCUUCAUCGUUUCAAGGGCAGAGAUACCGUCCCGUUCCCGACAUCAGCAGAACUUCCCCGGGAAUUAUCACGUACCAGUCCCCAACAGGAAUCAAGGGCGAUAACCGAGGAAUGUCAUUCAAGCCACAGCCAGCCGAAACAAACUGAAGAAAGACAGUUUAGUGAUAUAGAUGAGUAUUUUUUAGCUCAUAGUAUUUUUUGUAAUUUUUCAGUAAAUGAAGCUGAAACUGAUAUUUUAUGUUCACAUUCAAGAUAUUUUGAAUUUCAGUAUGUUUCUAAAGAUGAUAAUUUUGAAGUAAAUUCGGGCGUAAAGGGUAGACUGAGAUUACACGCUAAUUAUUGGUGUAAUGUUUUAGAGGCAUCUGACUUUAUUUAUGACGUAGUAAAAAAUGGUUACGUCAUACCUUUUAACA